AUGCUGGUGGACGGUUGGAACCAGUACUUUGCAGGCUGGGCGAAAAGCACCGAAUGAAAAGCGGAGCGUGGCUGCACAGAGACAGCUGAAAAGGUGCACACAAGACAUUGUUUCGCACUCAUGGUCCCACGACAGCGCACCGCUGCGGCGCGCCGCCUUCGGAACACGACAUGUUUCAGACACAGUCAAAUAGACAGAUUAGCACGGUGAAUUGCCAUGACAACAAUGGCUCGGCUACCCCAGCCUUUUGAUGGGCGGCAGUGAAACAGCAGCGGCUGGGGUCAAAAUGUCGAUGGCUAUCUAUGGGGGGGAGGAGGCCCCCCCCUGGAGCAACGUCAUGUAUGGAGACGGUUGGGAGAUAUGGGGUGACACGAAGCGUGGGCAUGCAACAAGCCUCUCCAAGCGCGCAAUAUAUUGAAACGAAAAUGCGCAAUCUGUACCUACAUUGCGAAAAUCUGCACGCACUGCUGGACGGCCUAGCGAAAUUCGGAGCCGGUAAGAAUAGGCCUAGCUGGUGUGGCGUGCGAGCGAGGGCUACCAACACACUGCAUGUGAGAACAAUCUCCAGAGCCCAGCAAGGAGGAAUGCAGCCAUCCUUUUUAGCAAGGUCACGCUUUGUUCAUUCUCGGCACACACACACACACACACACACACACGCACACAUACGCGUCGCUAAAACAGAACCAGAGCCAAGCCUUGCCCAUGAGAAAAUUGUGACGAAGAUGGUUGUUGGGAAUGUGCUAUUCAUAGUCGAAGGCGAGACAAAGCCCCCCGGGACACGCAUAGUGCAGGCACCGUUCGCCAACAAGAGGGCGGAGGGGGGGCGAGAGUGUGGGUGGCGUUGCGCUAAAAGGGUGGAAGAUCAACAGGCUGCUGCCGAUGGAUGGACAAGCGAUUGGAGUGGAGCGUCUGCCCCUGGCUAAGGUAGCCAAGGACAAGCCUCCCGUGCAAGUGUCGGAUAAGGUGGUGGGCCAAGCGGACGACUGCCAGUGGAGUAGGUAGUGGAGUGAGGUUGCGUGGCACUAGGAACCACCUCCUUUAA